CCGACCCGCCGAGCACUCGGGGCCAAGCGGGAGAGCCAGAAAAGGAGCUGGUACGACCCGGGGCAGCUGUACUACGACUACGACGACACCCAAGACGUCGUGGCCUUCGACUUCGACAUCGGGGAAGACCUUGGCCUCCUUCCCGGGGAGGUCGACUCCUUCAGGAACGUGUUGAUCGACCUGAUGGACAUCCUCGACGACGGUACCGACGGGCAGCAGAAAAUCAUCCCUGACUAC